CGGUGAGUCUGUGUGACCGCUAGAUGGCGCCACUGCUCACUUAUUCUUAAAAUCACACGCAUUUGAGUUCGUUAGAGCGGGACUCUCUCUCCCCACACACACACACACACACACUCUCUCUCGGAGCAGCAGCUCGGAGAGCAUGUCAUAACGCAGAGGACCAUCUCCUCUCCACCUGUGACCCGUCAUGUCCAUCGCUCUCAAACAGGUGUUCAACAAGGACAAGACGUUCCGGCCCAAGCGGCGGUUCGAGCCGGGCACGCAGCGCUUCGAGCUGCACAAGCGGGCGCAGGCGUCUCUGAGCUCGGGGCUGGAUCUGAGAGCGGCGGUCAAGCUGCCGCAGGGCGAGGAUCUGAGCGACUGGGUGGCUGUGCACAUGGUCGACUUCUUCAACCGCAUCAACCUCAUCUACGGGACGGUGUGCGAGUUCUGCACGGAGAAGAGCUGCCCGGUGAUGUCCGGCGGCCCACGGUUCGAGUACCGAUGGCAGGACGAGCACAAGUACAAGAAGCCCACGCCGCUGCCGGCGCCGCAGUACAUGAACCUGCUGAUGGACUGGAUCGAGAUGCAGAUCAACAACGAGGACAUCUUCCCCACCAGCAUCGGAAUUCCCUUCCCGAAGAACUUCAUCCAGAUCUGUAAGAAGAUGGUGUGUCGUCUCUUCCGUGUGUUCGUGCACGUCUACAUCCAUCACUUCGACCGGAUCCUCCUGAUGGGAGCCGAGGCGCACGUCAACACCUGCUACAAACACUUCUACUACUUCGCCACCGAACUCAACCUGAUCGAGCGCAAGGAGCUGGAGCCGCUGAAAGAAAUGACCUCUAGAAUGUGUUUGUGAGCGUUUCCAAACACACACCUGAGAGGCUUUUCUCAGGAGCUUUAAUCUGUGAGCUGGUCGUUGCCGUGGAGAUGAGGUCAUCACCGAGGAGCCUGUGACAUCAUCACUGGACUCUAGGGCUGACGGUGAGCGGCGCCAUCUAGCGGUGAGGCGUAACCCAACCAUCAGAGGUCACUCGAUCACCAGUCGUGUUUCGUCCAGACAUCCGCUCAAAGCCACACUAGAAGUGGACACCUUCAUUUUAACAUUCAGCUCUGUGAGGUCUGGACGAGCUGCUUUCAUUCAUCUCCAUGUCCUUUUAUUUCUGUUUGUGUUGCACUGAACCGAGUUUUAGUCACUGGAUCAUUUGAAGAAACGUCUCGCUGUCGUCUGAAUCUGCUCCGUUCAGCCUCGGACGGUAGUUCUGUGAGGUCUGCUGGUCUUCGGUGGAGAGAGUUGAAGUGAAAUGUUCUGCACUGAUUCUGUUCAGAUCUCUAGUUUGCAUCCCGUUACUAAACCACUAAAGUUAAACCGUUUAAUUGGUGUUGUGUGAGUUCUGAUUUCAGGCUCUCGUCCAUCAUUUUUGUUUGAGACUUGAGUGUCCUGCCCUUGUAAAUUUCAUAAAUAACGCAAUAAAGAAUAUUUUGAUUGUA